UGCGGUUUAAAAAAUCGCACUCUUUUAAUUUUGAACCAAAAUUAGCAUUAACAAAAUAGAUAUUUCAUUGUAAUCGAUUACAAAAUUUCAUUUGAUUAUAAUCAAAUGAAUUUUUGUCCACCAGUGUCUGUGAUGCAUUAUUACACAAAAUCAUACUACACUGAACCAAUUUUUACCAAGUUGGUCUUAAUAAUGUAUCUCUAGACAUCUCGAGGUCGAUAUCAAUUACUAUUUACCCUAUACUCUAAUUGAGGACAUUGGGGUCGACUGCACAAAAUUGUCGUAGAAACAUAAAAUUGGUCAUGAAGGUAAUGGAGUAGUGUCAAAUUGCAAUACCUAUUUUGACUUCAGAAUUCAGAUUACACAAAUAUUUUGAGUGCAGCAUAAAUAGAGAUUAACGUGCGUCACAAUUACUUUUCGAAAGUAUAUUUUUGAGUGCUUGGUUCUAGAGUAGAGUUGUAGAAAAUGGAAAAUGGGGUUGCGACAAUUGCGACCCCAGCCUCAUCCCUCCCGACAACCAUGAGCAUGACUGAGCUGCUGGAAAUUGCAAUUUCGGACCAAGAUGUUGGAACCGUUAACUUCAACGUCCUCCGACUCCUCCUCAGCGAUGUCAUCAAAAGAUUGGAAAAGUUUGACAAAGAGCCCGUUCAACUCGGACAACUAGACGCCAGUCAGAUUGAGAACUACAAGAACUACAUUCAAGGAGAAGCUGUGGCUCCGAUACCAGGAGUCCUUCGAGUGCAGCAAGGAAUCGAUCCAAAGCGAGGACCGCCAGCCCCUCAAGGUCUCGUUCCAACGCAGACAGGACCAUUAGCGCCGCGUUUUCCACCCCCACCACAAAAUGCAGAAGCCACUCAACCAGUGGCUCCAUCCCAGAAUUCAGGUGGAGGUCAGCAGCAUCAACCAAACGCUGCUCCAGGUCAGCAGCAUCAACCAAACGCUGCUCCAGGUCAGCAGCAUCAACCAAACGCUGCUCCAGGUCAGCAGCAUCAACCAAACGCAGCUCCAGGUCAACAAUACCCACCUUACGCUGCUCCAGGUCAACAAAACGUACCUAACGCUGCUCUGGGGCAACAAAACGCACCCAACACUACUCCAGGGCAACAAAACGCACCCAACGCUACUCCAGGGCAACAAAACCCACCUAACGCUGCUCUCGGGCAACAAAACCCACCUAACGCUGCUCCAGGACAACCAAAUCAACAGCGCCCGACAGGUCAGGGUCAACAACAUCCACACAACCCGCAAUAUCCACCAAAAACUACUCCAGGUCAACCGCAGUAUCAACCUUCCCAACAACCGGAAGAGUAUGCUCCACUUCCGGAUGUUGAAAAUGAAGAGGAUCCAGCAGGGAAUUAUCCUCCUCCUCCAUCUCAACCCGGAAAUGCUUCUGCUGUGGCACGAUCUCCCAAUACGGUUGAAGCCUCUCCAGAAGGGCAGACUGCCAACAACGAGCAGCAACAUAUCCAACCGGAACGACACGCUGGAGAAAUUAGUGGUGGGCCUCAUGGCACCAUGCCGCUGGCGUCAGUCCCACCAGCUCCAAUUCAUCCGGUGUCGCCAAAUACACCACCAAGUCCAACAAAGGCACAAGGAUUGAAUCGUUCACCUUCUCGAAUCACUUCAAGAAUGUCCACACGCGCUUCACGAAGAAUGUCAUCUCACAUGGACCAUGGAAUAUUGAAGGACAUGCAGUUGAAACUUGAGAAAGUUGAAAAUCAGAUGAAUUACGUCAUGGACCAACUUCCCCGCCUCGGUACAAGAUCGGAACCCAAACCAGGUGCAGAAAGUAGCAGUAGGCCACAGCAACCUGGGGAAGAAUCGCAGGCCUCACCCUCCUCACCUCCCAAAGUUACAGGUGAGGAAGACCUGGAGAUGCCUGCGAAACAGUCUAUGCAACGGCAAUCUGAUAGUGGAAUACGUGGCAAAAGUGAUAGUAUAUCCCCCAGCACACAACGUAAAACAAGAAGUACUGAAGGAUCUCUAGGCGAGAUGCGAGAUCGCUCUCAAGACAUAUCUGGAGAUGUGCGGGGGAGCAAAAGUUCAAUUCGUGCUUCUGAAGGCGUCACUUCCGCCACGGGCGAAGCUUCCCUAUCUCAGACGAACAUCUCAGAAGAAGCCAGCAGAGAGUCCGUAGACUAUGAAGGCCCAGAGAGACUAGGAUCGUACGGAAAUGUCCAGGAUGCUGGAGUGGAUGACGGACUCUUCGGAGAUAUGUUGCAACAAAUGACUGGGAUUGAGAAUCAAGUGAGUGGCACAGGUACAAAACCCCACAAGAAAAAGAAGAAGAAGGAUAAAGGAGGCGCGACUGGAACUGAAAGUCAACAGGCUGGAGUCGUUACUGACCGUCAUUCGGAGAAUCAAUUGGAUGCAAAGGAAACUACCCAAGAAAAUGACAGAAUGUCGGUCAACGAUAUGUGGCAGUUAAUUCAGCUCAACAAUCGAAUUGCGGGGGCUGAAGGAGCAAUUCAAAAGAUGGCCGGAUUGAUUGAGGAUCUAGCACGAGAGUUGACUCGGUUGCGGUGGGACACAGAAACAACACAGGCUAUCCAGGAGGACACGGUCCUUCUCAUUGAAGGGGAAGACAAGUGUAUGGGGCCUGGAAUAUGCAAAGGUCACGGGAUGCCUUCUGGGAUUGCCGUGUGCCAAUUUACUGAGCCGGCAGAAACGACAACUAAAAUAGAGAAGCCUGCUCUUCCAGACGACGCUUGUCCCAUGUGUGGAAAAGAAAACCGGAGCGACAACAAUGAGCUUUUAAAUCUCAAGAAACCACGGAAAGGUCUGAUGGACAAGGCGCCUCAAAACCUUGUCAGUCCUAAACAAACACAACAUUACGACCUCACAUUCGGUGAUCCACAAAAUGGGACUGAUCUUGCCAACAUCGAUUUAGAACAAAUUCAUGAUAGUUUGAAGAAUGUUGACUUUGGAGAAUUCGAUGAAAAGAAUAUUCUUCAAAGGAUUGAGACAUUAUGGGAAGCGAUGAAGCUUUUGAAAACUGUUGAUGAUUCCUUAUCAAAACGAAUAGAUAAAGCUGACGAGCUGCUCAAAAAGAUUCCAAAGGAAAGAAUGGCUAAAAUGAUGAUGGGAGAGUACACUGACGUAAACCCUGGAGGUCCGGUUGCCUUCUCCCCACCCCCACCACCACCCACUACCCCAAAUUUACACCACCAAUCGAAACAUCAGGAUCAAGUUGAUACUCAGGAUGUGGACCAAAAAGCAGACGACUCUGGAACUGACAAGGAGGACAUUCAGACCCUUUUCAACAAUUUGGCAAAUGUCAUUGCAGAGUGUGCAGAGCAAAAGGAACGCAUUGAUCAAUUGGUGGACGCAGUUCGAAUCAUUGAAUCUGGAAUGGUGACCAAACAAUUCCUGCUGGACAUGAUAAGCGACAAAGCAGACAAGGGUCAAAUUAAUACCAAGGUUUCGUAUGAUGAAUUUGGAAACACAGUGGACGAGCUCCACGCCCAGCUUCACAAUCUGAUGGUGGAAGGUUAUCAGAGGAACGAGAAUUGGAAAAAGGUGACGAGUGACCUGGCGGAAGAACUGUCUGAAAAACUAGAUAAAGUUGAACUCGCCCCGAUUAGAGCAUUUUUCAAAUCGCGUCUAAAGAGAUUGGAAGAUCGCGUGACAUCUCUGUCUACGCUUUUGGACGAACCAGAUCCCGCAGGGACAAGAAAGAAACUUUUGCGAGACUACAAUUGCCUUUCUUGUAACCGAAAGGUCAACAUUUCUGGAUUCACAAAUACUUGCACUCUUCCAAACAUGGGGCCUGCAACAGCGAUGCCAUCAUCCGCAUCUCAUCGAACCUAUGAUCUUCACCGUCUUCGAUCGCAAAGAACACGUUUUGAUACGGAUGCAAAAGAAAUGCUAGAGCUCGAAAAUCAAGCAAAAAUUCAGUCAGCAAAAAGUCUCAAUUACACAGGAAAACAACGCCAGUUGAGCGAUAAGGAUGUGAUGAAAUUGGUUAAUCGAUAUACGGGGAGCGCCGGCGACAAUUCACAGGCACCCACAGCCCUUCCUUCUUUGAGCCCUCUCGUCAACACGCAACCACUUCAACCUACGACUCAAUCUCCAUCUCAACAACUAGAAGAGCAAGUGACCCAAACGAUUCAACUUGAUCCAGCCACUGCUCCGCCUACUUCAGUACCAUCACAACUGUCAGCUAUGAUAGAGGCUGAGGUUGCUUUACGAAUGUCGGGCGAGUAUAUUAUGGAAGGCGAGGAAGAAUGAGUAAACUCUACUUUCGGAAGUGAAAUAAUUUUUAUUUUUAAUUACCGGAUGCGUAUAUGUAAGUCUCUUGAGCUAAAUAUGUAAAAUAUUUCAAAUCUAUCAUAUAAGUCGAGUAAUCCUACACAAAAAUAAAUGAACUAAUGAAAUAAGAAUUCAU